AUGCUGCCCACCGGCGCCUGCUGCUCGACAAUCUCGCGAGAUCCCGUCGCUCCGCCCCGCGGCCCGUCCAGCGGCCUGGGAGCCGCGGGCGCCCUCUGCCGGCGGCCUCGGCAGGGCCUCCGGGCCUCACCCGGCCCCUUGGAGGCUCAGGCCCUCCGGCGGCGCAGGGAGGUCUGGCCAGCGUGUUACUCUGGGGGGCCACGCCUCGUUGGCCUGCAGCUUUCCCUCUCCUGCUGCUGGGCUUUCCAGCCCAGCACCAUUAUUUCCUGGUGCUGCCACAGCACCGUGUCCUCCUCUGACUUCAGCCUCCCUGGGGAUUACCUGCUUGCGGGCCUGUUUCCUCUCCACGGUGACCACCUAGGGGUGAGACGCAGACCCAUAGUGACCUUCUGUGACAGGCCCAACACCUUCAAUGGCCAUGGCUACCACCUCUUCCAGGCCAUGCAUUUUGGCAUCGAGGAGAUAAACCACUCCACCGCCCUGCUGCCCAACGUCACCCUGGGGUACAAGCCGUAUGACGGGUGCUCGGAGUCAGCCAACGUGUUUGCCACGCUGAGCACGCCAGGGACGCGCUACGUGGAGAGCCAAGGAGACCCUGCCCACUACUCCCCCGCGAUUGUGGCGGUGAUUGGGCCCGACGCCAGCAGCCAUGUGGCCACCACUGCAGCCCUGCUGAGCCCCUUCCUGGUGCCCCUGAUAAGCUGUUACGAUGCCAGCAGCGUGACGGUCGGCGUGAAGCGGCUCUACCCCUCUUUUCUGCGCGCCAUCCCAAGUGAUGAGCACCAGGUGGAGAUCUUGAUGCUGCCGUUGCGGAGGUUCGGGUGGGUCUGGAUCUCCAGUGGGCAGCUAGGGGUGCAGGCGCUGGAGGACCAGGCCACCCAGCAGGGCAUCCGCGUUGCCUGCAAAGACAUUGUGCCUUUCUCUGCCCAGCCGGGCGAUGAGAGGACGCAGAGCGUGAUGCGCUGCCUGGCCCAAGCGAGGACCACGGUCGUGGUCGUUUUCUCCGGCAGACAGCUGGCCAGGGUGUUCUUUGAGUCCGUGGUGCUGGCCAAGCUGACUGCCAAGGUGUGGGUCGCCUUAGAAGACUGGGCCAUCUCCAGACACAUCAGCAGUGUGCCUGGGAUCUGGGGCAUUGGCACAGUGCUGGGCGUGGCCAUCCCACAGAGGCGUGUCCCUGGCCUGAAGGAGUUUGAAGAGGCCUAUGUCGGGGCGGACAAAAGAGCCCUUGCGCCUUGCCUCAGGGGCUCCUGGUGCAGCAGCAAGCAGCUCUGCAGAGAGUGCUGGGCUUCCACGGCACAGAAGAUGCCCACACUUGGAGCAUUCUCCAUGGGCUCCGCCUACAACGUGUACCAGGCUGUCUAUGCCAUGGCUCACAGCCUCCACCAGCUCCUGGGCUGCGCCUCUGGAGUCUGUUCCAGAGGCUGGGUCUACCCCUGGCAGCUUCUGGAGCAGAUCCGCAAGGUGAAUUUCCUUUUACACAAGGACAUCGUGACAUUUAAUGACAAUGGCGACCCCCUCAGCAGUUAUAACAUAAUUGCCUGGGACUGGAGUGGCCCCAACUGGACCUUCAGGGUCAUCGGCUCCUCCUUGUGGUCUCCAGUUUGUCUAGACAUAAAUACGAUCAAAAUCCGGUGGCAUGGAAAGGACAACCAGGUGCCUCAGUCUGUGUGUUCCAGAGACUGUCCUGAAGGGCACCAGAGAGUGAUCAUGGGUUUCCACCACUGCUGCUUCGAGUGUGUGCUCUGUGAGGCCGGGACCUUCCUCAACAAGAGUGACCCCUACAGCUGCCAACCUUGUGGGAGAGAAGAGUGGGCACCUGAGAGAAGCCAGACCUGCUUCCCAUGCACCGUGGUGUUUCUGACUUGGCAUGAGCCCAUCUCUUGGGUGCUCCUGGCAGCUAAUACACUGCUGCUGCUGCUGCUGCUGCUGGGGGCUGGGACUGCUGGCCUGUUUGCCUGGCACCUAGACACGCCUGUGGUGAGAUCGGCUGGAGGCCGGCUGUGCUUCCUCAUGCUGGGCUCCCUGGCGGGGGGCAGCUGCGGCCACUAUGGCUUCUUUGGGGAGCCCACGCUGCCCACACGCCUGCUGCGCAAAGGCCUCUUUGCCCUUGGUUUUGCCAUCUUCCUGUCCUGCCUGACGAUCUGCUCCUUCCGACUUGUGUUCAUCUUCCAGUUUUCUGCCAAGGUACCCACCUUCUUCCAUGCGUGGGUCCAAAACCACAGUGCUGGCCUGUUUGUGGUGAUCAGCUCAACAACCCAGCUGCUUAUCUGUCUAAUGUGGCUUGCAGUGUGGACCCCACUGCCCACCAGGGAGUACCAGCCCUUCCCUCAGCUGGUGGUGCUUGACUGCACAGAGGCUGACUCACUGGGCUUCAUGCUGGCUUUCGCCUACAAUGGCCUCCUCUAGGUCAGCGCCUUUGCCUGCAGCAGCCUGCUCCUCGACUUCGUGUCCUGGAUCGCCUUCUUCACCAUGGCCAGUGUCUACCAGGGCAAGUACCUGCCCGCGGUCAACGUGCUGGCCAUGCUGAGCAGCCUGAGUGGCGGCUUCAGCGGUUAUUUCCUCCCCAAGUGCUAUGUGAUCCUGUGCCGCCCAGAUCUCAACAGCACCGAGCACCUCCAGGCCUCCACCCAGGACUACACCAGGCGCUGUGGCUCCACCUGACCAGUGGGUCGGGCAGGGUCAAGCCGGGGCAGGGUGAACUGGAAGUCUCCACUGCUCUCAGGGUUGAAGGUGGAAUGGGGCGCCCAGGAGGCCUCUGGGCUCCUCAGCCUUGGCUUGGGAAGUGUAAGCCCACGGGAGAGCUCAGUCCGGGCUGCGCUGGCUGCCAAUAAAGAGGUGAAAUGUG